UUAGUUGUUCAUCCCCUUGUGCUUCUUUCCGUUACGGACCAUCACGCGCGGACGGUCCAACGGAGCUCUAGCAAGCGCGUCAUUGGCAUCCUUCUAGGGCAGGACAACGGCAAGACUGUCAACGUCGCGAACUCCUUCGGUAUUCCAUUCGAGGAGGACGAGAAGGACAGCAAGACAUGGUUCCUCGACCAUAAUUACAUAGAGGGGAUGUGGGAGAUGUUCAAGAAGGUCAACGCACGAGAGCGGAUGAUCGGCUGGUACCACACUGGCCCGAAGCUCCGAGCAUCAGACCAGGAGAUCAACGACCUGCUGAAGAGAUACAUUGCACGACCGGUCAUGGUGAUUGUCGAUGUACGACCAAACACAGUAGGCAUCCCAACGGACGCGUACUUCGCGGUGGAAGAGAUCAAGGAUGAUGGGACAGAGACACGGAAGACGUUCCUUCAUGUGCCAUCAGCAAUAGAAGCGGAAGAAGCAGAAGAGAUCGGUGUCGAGCACCUGCUCCGGGACAUCAAAGACUCAACUACGACAACCCUCGCGACGCGCGUCUCCGAACAGCUCAGCUCCUUGCGUGGCCUCCAAUCCCGCAUACAGGACAUCCGGAGCUAUCUUUCCGACGUCGCAGCGGGGAAGAUGCCCGUGAAUCACCAGAUCGUCUACCAUAUACAAGACGCGCUGAACCUCCUCCCGAACCUCAACGACCCCGAGACGACACAGAGCUUUGCGACAAGUACGAAUGACCAGCUGCUCGUCGUGUAUCUCAGCAGUCUGCUCCGGGCCGUCAUUGCCCUCCACGGGUUGGUCGACAACAAGGCUACCAUUGGUCGGGCGGAGUUCGAGGAGACUAAGGGGGUGGACGAGAAAGACAAGAAGGUGGACGAGAAGGAUGAGAAAGACGCAGCAGGGAAGGGGGCAGCGACGGACUCGAGUAAAACGACAUCCGCUGACAAGGGCCUGUAAUUGUGCGCUCGUCCGGGGCCGUACACAACUCGCUGUCGCUAGCUAUAUAUUCAUUCGUGAAGAUCAUCACAUAUGACUGCAAGAAGCCUCUGCCUUGCCUCUCCGCCGUCAAUACGCAGGACGGCUCAGGGCUGAAACGGCGCCCUAGUGACGUCGUAUGUAGUGACGACAUCUCUUGACAACGGACGAGACAUGACGUGCAUCCACGCAAGGUCCAGGCGGAGAGGAAGAGCGCAGGGACUGUUCACACACUGAGGUAUAUGCGGGCGGAGUCGGUUUAUCGAGGCGCGCGCCGGGUUGGGCAGACCAGGAGAGGACUUCGGUUGCUGGCAUGCUGC